UUCUGAAAUUUUUUCUUGAGUGUUAUGGAAAAUUUGGAAUGGUUAAAAAAAGAGGGUGGACCUACGCCAGCGAUACCUUAACAAAAAGUUUAAAAUAUCGGGGUAAAAUAACUACUUAUGGUGGAGGCGGCUUUUUUACCGAAUUAUCAACUACGAAAUUUGAAACAAAGGCAAUAAUAAAAAAGUUGAAGGAUAAUCUUUGGAUCACAAGAGGGACGAGAGCAGUAUUUGUGGAUUUUAGCGUGUAUAACGCAAAUUUAAAUAUUUUUGGAGUUGCAAAACUUGUUUUUGAGUUUCCCUCAACAGGAGGAGUCAUUCCAUCAGAUCAUAUACGAACUGUUAGCCUAAUACAAUUCCAAACAAAAUGGGACUUAGUCAUUUUGAUAUCCAAAGUGUUUUCUUAUAUAUUUAUAUUUUAUUAUAUUGUGGAGGAGAUACGGGAGAUGAUGUAUUUUCGAGGAAGUUACUUUUUAAGAUUCUGGAAUUACGUGGAUCUAGCAAUUAUAGCCCUAAUGGUUACUGGAUUAAUUUUAUAUCUAAUUAUUAUGUUGAAAGUACCUUCUGCUAUUGAAACAAUAAAAAAAAAUCCUAAGUGGUACGGUAACUUGGAGUAUGUCAAUGAUCUUGAACAAAAACGAACCAACAUUCUUGCUAUUGCCUUAUGUUUAAUAUAUUUAAAGGCGUUUAAAUUUUUGAACUUUAACAGAACUAUGGGACAGCUAAAUAAUACAUUGAAUAGGUGCGCUUUGGAUAUUCUAGGAUUUUCAAUGAUGUUUUUUAUUAUAUUUUUUGCUUAUGCCGAACUUGGAUAUUUACUAUUUGGACAUCAGGUUGAAAACUUCAGCACAUUCUCUGUUUCAAUGUUUACUUUACUUCGAACAAUUUUGGGCGACUUCAAUUAUCCAGAAAUCGAAGAAGCUAAUAGGAUUUUAGCACCAAUAUAUUUUGUAACUUACAUAUUUUUAGUUUUCUUUGUGUUGUUGAAUAUGUUUUUGGCUAUUAUCAACGACACCUAUUCCGAUGUUAAAACAGAAAUAGCUUUAGCACCAGAUGAGCUUCAAAUGACAGAAUAUGUAGGAGAAAAACUCGGCAAAUUUAUGAGAACAUUGGGUUUAGGUCGAUACUUUCCGAAGAAACCGACAAGAGGAAUUAAAACCACGUUAAGAGAAAUCAGAGAAGUUUUAAAAAAAUGCGGUUUUACCGAUGUGGAGAUAGAAAUGUUUUUUGUGAGAUAUAACAUAGAUCCUUGGACAAAUAUGGACUUAAAUGAUUCUGAACAGUUUUGCCAAGAAUUAAAUGUAGUUUUAAGUGCUGAAAGUAAUAAUGGUGUACGUUUGGAGGACUUUAUAAGACAACAAGAAAGACUACAACAAAUCGAAAAUGCAGUCGGUCGAUUGGUUGAUCAAGUAAAAACAUUAUUAGAAAGACUAGAAGUGAUGGAAAACGUAAUUAAAGAGAGGAGACGUUAA